AUGGGCAAGAAAGCUGGGAAGAAACAAGCCAAACAAGGUAAAGUAUUAUUUUUGGGCCUCUUUCAAGUUUUUUUUUGUAUUUAUUGUUGCAUUUUUAGGUGACGACCUCGACAACCUCGAUGCUCUUCUGAACGAAGUAAACCUGACCACCGAAAAGGCGAAUGCCAAGCAGAACGCCAAGAAAUCAGCGGGUGGAGCCAACAAAAAGGCCCAAAACGGCGAUGCGGCUCCUGUGGAAGAAGCCCCCCUCGAUGAAAUGACCAAAGUCCUCGAGGAAAUCAAGCAACUCAAACCCAUCGAUAAGCAAUUCCCAGAUGGGAAAUAUCCGGUCGGGGAAUGCCAUGAAUAUCUCCCGGGAAAAGAUGAUACCACCACGUUGAAUAGGAUCACCUCGCAGGAAAAGAAGAGCCUGGAGACGUCGUUCGAGCAUAUGUAUGAGGACUUCAGAAGGGGCGCGGAGAGUCAUCGGCAGACCAGGAAAUGGGUCAAGAGUUGGGUGAAGCCCGGCAUGAAAAUGUUUGAUAUUUGGUGAGGAUUUUGAAAAAAAAUUUGAUUGUAGAGACGAGGUCUUUGAUAAUUUCGCCCUUAAAAUUUUGUCUAAACUUUAUGCCAUCGAUAAAAAUUUUUUUGUCGAUUAAACCUGGAGAAAUUUUAUAUUAACCAUGGCCCAACAGAUAGAUUUGAUAAUAGAAUGACUGUGCUUGUAAAUAAUGAACAUGAAAUCCUUUCAGCGAACGUCUCGAAGCCCAUUCCCGCCAUAUGAUCAGUGAAGCUGGCCUCGACGCCGGCCUCGCUUUCCCCACCGGCUGCUCAAUCAACCAUUGUGCGGCACAUUACACCCCAAAUGCGGGCGAUGAAACGGUCCUCAAGGAAUCGGAUAUCGUCAAAAUUGAUUACGGAACGCAUGUGAAUGGUCGAAUUAUCGACUGUGCUUUCACUCUGACCUUUGAUCAUAAAUUCGACCCAUUGAUGGAAGCCGUCAGAGAAGCGACCAAUGCUGGAAUCAAAGAAGCUGGAAUUGAUGUGAGACUUUGCGACAUUGGAGAGGUUGUGGAAGAAGUUAUGACCUCGCAUGAGAUCGAACUUGAUGGAAAGACCUAUGUCGUCAAACCAAUCAGGAAUUUGAAUGGUAAGGGAAUGAUUUAUAUUAUACAUGAUGCGUAAUAUAAAAUUAAUAAAAUUUAAUGUUUUUUCUAGGUCACUCGAUCGGCCAAUAUCGCAUCCAUGCCGGUAAAACUGUCCCCAUUGUCAAAGGAGGAGAUCAGACCAAGAUGGAAGAGAAUGAAGUGUUUGCGAUUGAGACCUUUGGGUCCACUGGAAAAGGAUAUGUUCAUGAUGAUAUGGAGUGCUCGCAUUACAUGAAAAACUUUGAUCUUGCCGAUACUCAUGUCCCAUUACGGUAGGAAAGAAUUUGGUUUUUGGAUUUUGAGGUUGUGGCUUUAUUUUGCAAUUAUUUUUAGAAGUUUUUUUACCAAGAUCACUAAAAUAAUGAAUUUUUAGUCUUGCCCGCUCCAAAGCCCUCCUGAAUACGAUCAACAAGAACUUUGGAACACUCGCUUUCUGUCGCCGCUGGCUGGAUCGUCUCGGGGAAACCAAGUAUUUGAUGGCUUUGAAAGAUCUCUGUGACAAGGACAUUGUCAAUGCCUACCCACCUCUCUGUGAUGUCAAAGGAUGCUACACGGCACAAUGGGAACACACCAUCAUCCUCCGACCCACCUGCAAAGAAGUAGUCAGCCGUGGAGAGGAUUAUUAA